UUGAAGGUCUACAGUAUAAAUGGGGACCUUGUGGAGCUUACAGUUACUAUAUGAGCUUCGGAUCGUCGAACACAUAAGUUUAACACUAUCGGCAGCUUUUCAAACAUCGACAUCAUGACUCCGAGAACACACGCUCUGCUUGUUUGCGUGAUUUUCCUCUGCGGGAUGGAGGAAACAGUCCUCUCCCAGCACGGACUUUGCGCCGGGAAUCAGUGUGUUGCAAUUUUCCAGGAGUUUAAACACUUUUCUGAGGCGCAGACAAGUUGCAAAAGCAUGGGCGGACAGUUGUUCGAGACAAACUCAGACUCGCAAGUACCGGAGAGGUUAUUCAGCGGGAUCAAUGGUACUUUCUGGCUGGGGACUGCUAAGAAAUCGGCAGGUCCCCAAAGCUGCUUUACUGUCUAUGCGCUCGUGGGACAUAACCUCACACAUCAACAGGAGCCGUGUGAAAAGAAACUGGAUGGAUUUGUGUGCCAAUAUGAAAUAGAAGAGCCUUGCAGGAGUUUAGAGGCAGAAGCGGGCGCACUGUUGAGGUACACCUCUCAUCUGGGCUUCGAGGUGAAGGAUUCAGCGACGUUUCCACUAGGAACCAUGGCUGUAGCGGAAAAGGCUGGCGUCAAAUAUCCGGACACGAAGCAUUUAUGUUUCUCGAAGACAUGGUUGCGGGCUCCCUGGAAUUGCGAGGUGUUGCAGGGCGGCUGUGAGCACGGCUGCAAUUCUACAACAGGCUCUUGCAACUGUCCCACAGGGGAAACUCUCCAUCCCAACAACAUCACCUGCACCAAAGAAGCAAAAGAUCCGUGCAAAGAGUGUCAACACACGUGCCAAAGGGGGGCCGACACACACGUGUGCAAGUGCAACACAGGUUACAGGCUGGCGAAAGAUGGGAAGACGUGUGCGGACAUCAAUGAGUGCAAGGAGAAGAGCCCCUGCACAGGUGAAGGUGAGGAGUGUGAGAACACCGAGGGAGGGUAUCAGUGCGUUUGCAAAUAUGAAUACGUGAAGGAGGAUGGAGUGUGUGUGAAUGUUAGUAUCUGUUCUAAAUGUGAGCACAUGGACUGUCAGAAAUUAAAUGGGAUUUAUCAGUGUGUGUGUCGAGAGGGGUUCAGAGUGGCACCGUGGGACCCCACCAGGUGUGAGAUGAUCUGCACCAAGCAAGACUGUCCAGCCAAGUGCAACCACGACGCCGAUAAGGAGCCUAUGGACCAGGAUUGCUACUGUCCUGAAGGCUACGUUAAAGAUGUUCAAAACAUCACUGUCUAUUGCACAGACAUCGAUGAAUGUGACAAUAACCCGUGUGAUCACACCUGUGAAAAUGUGUUUGGUAGUUACAGCUGUACGUGCAAUGAAAAUUUCGAGCUGCAAGGUGAACAUACGUGUGUCCGUGUAGCCAUGGACGACUACGAUGAUGGCUCAGGCUCAUAUCCAACACUCCCAUCAAAACAACCACCGCCCCCGGACAGUCCGCAACCAGCCAUACUACCGCCUUACGUCAAGACAGGUAGCAUCCUGGGUAUAACCUUGUUCAUGAGUCUGUGCGCGGCCCUAAUGUGUUUCGUGGUCCGAAACAUGAUGAAACGUUGCGGCAAACUUGAACUCCCCUCCUUAAAAGGAGCAGAUAUAGAUAUCUUCUAUCUGCAACAGGUGACCACAGAGACGUAUAAGAGAUUAUCCAUUGACAAACAGUUCAAAAACGACUCACAAAGACUUUAACCACACCAAUAUAUAUAUAUGCUGCUUUUCGACCUUCUUCUCGUCAUAUUGCACUGUUUUCGUUCCUCAGAAUUGAUAUACUGUAUGGGAAUUAUCCACUGUUAUUCAUAGACAGUGGUCUAAAAUUAAAAUUAGGCACUGUAUAAAUCAUAGCAGUGAAUGCACAUGAAGAUAUGGGGACUUUAACAGUUUAUUUAAUGAUUUCUGAAUGUUUUUAUUUUAAAAUUGGUGUUUAUUUGAUUCAUGAUCAUCAUCUACUUGAGCUCUUAGAUGACUUUUUUGUUACCGAAAUAGGAAAAUUAGUGUUUUCUCUCAUUUGGAUCUAUUGUUAAUAGUAAUAUCUAACGAAUAAGAUGCUAAUGUAUAAUAGCAAUGGCACUGAAAACUUAAUAUGUACACUUUUUUCCGAUGAUGGUGUUUCUUGAAAGUGCCAGAAAUUCACCAGUGUAAACCAUGAAUUUAAAGAGCACUGUAAUCUCACAAAAAUAAUGCCUUCUGUUUCAGUCCUUUAAUUUAAAAGAGUGCUUUGUACUUCGCUUGAGUACAAAUAAUCUCAUGUAGCCUAAGUACAAGUAUGCUACAUUCCUCAUAUUGCUUGUUAAUAUAUUUGUGAGCUAUUCAGUAAGUUCUCUGUUUUUUUACUCUUUGAUAAAAUAACACUGUAUGUUUUUAGAGCCUUUUUAAAGGUCAAAUGUACAUUAUUAGUGUUUUAGUGUCUAACAUGGACACAAUGACUCACUGUGACUGAUUUGCUUGUGACACAUUCCUGUAUUUCAUGGGCUUGGAUUUAGGACUUUAAGCCAAAUAUACGACAGACUAUAUACUUCUGAAACAGACACUGUCUAUUUGUUUUCGAAUAUAUUAGUUUCUAUAGAAAAUGUUACUUAUGCACAUCAAAGCAAAUGUUACUGACCACAACCACACUCUUUCCUUCAAAAUAACAAAUGUCAACUGCAGUGGUUCCUUCAAAAUCAGUCAGUAUUUCUUAUAUGUCAUCAACACUGACAGAUGGAAGCUCCUUCAUUUUUCUGAAUGAUAGUUUUGAAGUAAAUCUCCAAAUUCUGAUAUAUUUGAACAUCAAUCCGUCACUCAGGGCUUGAUUUUCUGGGGUAAAAUGGAGCUGUAAGAAACGCAAUGCUACCAUAUUCACUAAUUAUCCUGUGGUGAUGGUGUAACUCGCUCCCACUGACAUUUGCAUGAGGUUGAAGGAGCUUAACUUUACUGUAUAACACACUGGUCUUGGAGCGACAGAUGCUGCACUUCAGACUUUAACAGAUCAAUUAAACAUGAAUGUAAAACUGUGCUGCUAUGGUCUAAUUUUAUAAUGGAGGCUUUUACUGUAUGAAAACACAAUUGUGUCUCACCCAUUUGUUCCCAGCCACUAUACUGUAUGUCUGUAUAACUUUUUGCCUUUUUGAGAAUGAAUGUAUUGCUGUUGAAAGAUAAUUUAAAAUA